GGGCCCAGUGAGUGUUAAAACGCGAGCCAAUGGCUGCGUGUCUGUCCAGUAUAUAAGCAGAGAGCGAAGACCGACAAAGCUGGGUGACCUCUAAAUUGCCUCUGGUGAACAGGAUCUGAACCCAAGGACUGUUAAUUCAAUUCUUGUCUUGUGUGCAGUGUUAGAAACGCAAUCAUGCCUUUCGGUAACACCCACAACAACUUCAAGCUCAACUUCAAAGUUGAGGAGGAGUAUCCUGACCUCACCAAGCACAACAAUCACAUGGCCAAGGUGCUGACAAAGGACAUGUACGCCAAGCUGAGGGACAAGCAGACCUCCAGCGGCUUCACUUUGGAUGACAUCAUCCAGACCGGAGUCGACAACCCUGGUCACCCCUUCAUCAUGACCGUCGGCUGCGUGGCUGGUGACGAGGAGUCCUACGAGAUCUUCAAGGACCUGCUGGACCCCAUCAUCUCCGACCGUCACAGUGGAUACAAGCCCACCGACAAGCACAAGACCGACCUGAACUUCGAGAACCUGAAGGGCGGUGACGACCUGGACCCCAACUACGUCCUGAGCAGCCGCGUGCGUACCGGCCGCAGCAUCAAGGGCUACACCCUCCCCCCCCACAACAGCCGCGGCGAGCGCAGAAUGGUGGAGAAGCUGUCCGUCGAGGCUCUCGCCAGCCUGGAUGGUGAGUUCAAGGGAAAGUACUACCCCCUGAAGGCCAUGACAGAUGCCGAGCAGGAACAGCUGAUCGCUGACCACUUCUUGUUCGACAAGCCCGUCUCUCCCCUGCUGCUGGGCGCUGGCAUGGCCCGUGACUGGCCCGACGCAAGAGGAAUCUGGCACAACGACAACAAAUCUUUCUUGGUCUGGGUGAACGAGGAGGACCACCUGCGCGUCAUCUCCAUGGAGCAGGGCGGCAACAUGAAGGAGGUUUUCAGACGUUUCUGCGUCGGCCUGACCAAGAUUGAGGAGAUCUUCAAGAAGCACAACCACGGCUUCAUGUGGAACGAGCAUCUGGGCUACGUGCUCACCUGCCCCUCCAACCUGGGAACCGGCCUGCGCGGCGGAGUCCACGUCAAGCUGCCCAAACUCAGCACACACGCCAAGUUCAACGAGAUCCUCGGCAGGCUGCGUCUGCAGAAGCGCGGAACAGGUGGUGUGGACACCGCCUCCGUGGGUGGAGUGUUCGACAUCUCCAACGCCGAUCGUCUGGGUUCCUCCGAGGUGGACCAGGUCCAGAUGGUGGUUGAUGGUGUCAAGCUGAUGGUGGAGAUGGAGAAGAAGCUGGAGAAGGGCGAGGCCAUCGACGGCAUGAUCCCCGCCCAGAAGUAGAGAGGGACAUUUGGUCUUGUUUUCUUUUUGUAUCGUUCAAUAAAGUGCAAUCAAGCGAAACCAACCCGCGCGCAGAGGAAAUGGCUCGACCAGAGACUCUCGCCUGUUUCACCUCUUUUUCUUCCUUCCCAAUUUUUUUUCUCUCUCUCUCUCUCUCCCGUGUCAUUCUUCUUUUUUUUCCUCAUCUUUUCUUCCUUCCGACUUUUCACGCAUCACCUGCAUUUUGGUUGUAAAAAGUUAUCAUUGAACUUGAUUCAAUAAACUGGCCCCCAUAAAACAA